AUGAGUCACAUUCUGCAUUUCAUACUCCUUUUCUCAGGACUGCUCAAGCUGUCUGCAUGUGUUCCCCGUCAGUAUCACUUUGUGAAUGAGUUAAAGACCUGGACUGAAGCACAGACAUACUGCAGAGAGCACUACACUGACCUGGCCACCCUCGACAGUGAAGAGGACACAGACGAGCUGAUUAAAGCCGUAGACACACAAAACAGUCACCUGGCACAUGGUCACGUUUGGAUUGGACUGAGGCAAGGAGACUCUGAGAAAUGGUUAUGGUCAUUGACAGGCACACAUUUCUGUAGAGAGACAAACUUCAGUAACUGGGAUAACGGGGAGCCCAAUAACCGAGGUCGUAAAGAGGACUGUGUAGAGAUGUUACGAGAUGGAAAAUGGAAUGACAAGAAGUGUGAAGUUUCUCAUGCAUUUGUUUGUUAUGAUGAGAACAAGGCCACCGGCGUGAAAUACGUAUUCAUUGACGAACCAAAAACCUGGAGAGAAGCUCAGAGAUACUGCAGGGAGAAACACACAGACCUGGUCAGUGUAAGGAACCAGAGUGAGAAUAGCAUGAUAAAGAAUCAGGUACAGGAUACAAACCCUGUCUGGAUUGGUCUGUUCAGACGCUCCUGGGUGUGGUCAGAUCGGAGUGGGUCUAUGUUCAGGAACUGGGCUGAACAUCAACCUGAUAAUAUUCAACGUGAGAACUGUAGUGUUAUGUGGGUGACUGACAAUAACAAGGAACAAUGGGGGAACUGGCCUUGUGACAAGACAGAUACAUUUGUCUGCUAUGAGAAUGAAUUGGUCCUGAUCAAUGACACUCUGACCUGGAGUGAAGCUCUGAAUUACUGCAGAGAGCAUCAUGUGGACCUGGUCUCAGUUCACUCAGAGAAGAUUCAGAAGUGGGUGAUGAAGAGGGUUGAAAAGGCCUCCACUGCUCAUGUGUGGCUGGGCUUACGUCACAGCUGCACUCUGGGCUUCUGGUUUUGGGUGAGUGGAGAAUCUCACUGCUACGAGAACUGGGCUCCAGGGAACAGAACAGGGGUGGAGGAGUGUGAGAGAGCGGUCAGAACAGGAGCAGUGGAGUCUGGAGGAGGGAAACAGUGGGUCAGCCUGCCUGAGACUGAGAGACUCAACUUUAUCUGCAGUAACUAUGAAGAAGACUGA